AUGACAAAAAUCAUGAUGGUGGCGUACUUGAAGAACCUUGUAGCGGAUUUUCCUGUCGCCGGUGGUCUGACGUUGCCGGGAAUGAUGAGGAGCUGGAAUGUCAUGGCAGAUGACAAGAAGGACAAGAAAGGCAGCUUCCACACGUAUUGCGCCCAAGAUGAGCUGCAAUUAGUUGUGGCGCUCGAGACGCCGGACCAGGCAGCCCGGCUUCGAAAGCAGGCGGCCGAGUUGGACAGCGGCAUGGGUGGCAUGCAGGAGAUAUUGCUCGACCAGUUUGUUGAGAAAGACUACGGCGACGAUUUGCUGCUGCUGACGGCGACAGAGCAGCCCGGUGGUCGACUCGUGGGGCUGAUCUUCUGGAGAUUUCCAAAAAAUGCAGCCCAAGCUUCAGAUGCCGAACCCUUCAGGAUAUCUGCAUUCUGCGCAUGA